GUUCAAUCGUGGCGAAUGUAUGCCUCAUACGUUGCGGUCGGCUUCCAACAUGACAUAACGCGACGUUCAUGCCGUAUGCCGUCGGUCCGCCAGUCAUUCAAGUCGCUAUUUAUCCCCGACGUCGCAGAGCUUUGUGUCCGCCUGAGUGUGCGCUGCCUCCCUAGAAGAGCACGAUGGUGGACCCAGUGGUACGGUUCCUUUUAGCUGCAGUUGCCUGCUGGAUUCCUGUACGCGUUGCAGCCUGGAAUUCGACGUACUACAACCCUGUCAUCCCCGGCUUCCACCCAGAUCCCAGUUGCAUCUUCGUCCCCGAGCAAGAUAACACGUUCUUCUGCGCGUCAAGUAGCUUCAACGCGUUUCCCGGCGUCCCGAUACACGCAAGCAAAGACAUAGUCAACUGGCGACUUGUCAGCAAUGCGCUCAAUCGUCCCGAACAGCUGCCGACUCUCGCCAUCACGAACAAGUCCACCAGCGGCAUAUGGGCAGCCACGAUCCGCUACCGCGAAGGCACGUUCUACGUCCUCACAACGCUCGUCUUCGACGACCAGCCGGAGGCGAAUAGCUCCCGCUGGGACAAUAUGAUCUUCACCUCCACAGACCCGUACUCGUCUGCGUCCUGGUCGCAGCCCGUGCACUUCAACUUCACCGGCUACGACACCUCGCCAUUCUGGGACUCCGAUGGCACUGUCUAUGUCACAGGCUCGCAUCCCUGGGAGGUCACACCCGGGAUCACGCAAACGACACUCGACCUCACCACGGGUGAGGUCGGCGCAACGUACCAGUACAUUUGGAACGGCACGGGCGGAGAAGCGCCCGAGGGCCCGCACAUCUACUGGCGCGACGGGUACUACUACCUCAUGAUUGCGGAGGGCGGUACGGGCCUGACCCACAUGGAGACGAUCGCGCGGGCGCGCGACAUUGGCGGGCCGUACGAGUCGAACCCGGCGAACCCCAUCCUGACGAACGCGAACACGAGCGAGUACUUCCAGACGGUCGGCCACGCGGACUUGUUCCGGGACGCGGAGGGGAACUGGUGGGGCGUCGCGUUGUCAACACGGUCGGGGCCCGAGUAUACGGUGUUCCCUAUGGGCCGCGAAACGGUGCUGUACCCGGUGACGUGGGAGGAGGGAGAGUGGCCUGUGCUGCAGCCUGUGCGCGGAGAGAUGAGUGGGUGGCAGUUGCCCCCGACGAACUUUGACGUUCCUGGCGAAGGACCGUUUGCUGAGGAGCCAGACUAUCUGACUUUCUCGCCUGGUUCGACCCUGCCGAUUCAUCUCGUACACUGGCGGCUACCGAUUAACACCUCGUAUGCCAUCUCACCGUCUGGCUAUCCAAAUACGCUCCGCCUGCUUCCGUCGCAGCUUAACCUAACUGCAUACGAUGGGAAUUACGCUGGCCCCGAAGGGCAGACUCUAAUUGCGCGCAGGCAGAUGGAUACACUGUUUACAUACGGCGUGAAUAUGAACUUCUCCCCGACAGUCGAGGAGGAGGAAGCAGGCGUUACGGUCUUCCUAACACAGAAUCACCACAUCGAUCUCGGUCUGGUGCUACUGCCCUACACGAACACGAGCACGAAUACGACAGCACUCACCCCAUGCUUCCGCUUCCGCUCUGAAUCCUACAUCGCCGUCCCGCCCACGACGGUGACGCCCGUACCGAGCGCGUGGCUUAACCGGACGCUCCACUGGGAGAUCAAGGCAUUCAAUCUCACACAUUACAGCUUCGCGGCGGGCCCCGCAGAUGCGCGCUCGCAGAUGCAGACAUUCGGCUAUGGGCUUGCGGCCGAUGUCAGCUGGGGCUUCACUGGGACGUUGAUUGGCAUAUACACAACGACUAACGGCGGCGAGGGCACUGCGCCAGCGUACUUCUCGGAAUGGACGUAUGUCGGACAGGGACAGUACCGCGACUGAGUCAAUUUGGACUGAAGUCGUGGCUCUGCGUCGUGUGAGACACUCCUCGCCCUGAUUGAUAUCUUGUGCCUUCGUGCAGUUCUACAUCUUUGACAAAGUCGGGUCGUAGUCCGCGUCGAUGUUCGGCCCUGUCCCCUUCAUCGCUCCUUCAACUUUUCUUCAACUUUUCUUCACACUUAGUUGUGGUGGGCACGUCUCGUCAUCAAUCAUUGCUCAUUCGAAUACAAUCAGAAGGUGGUCGACCGUCCCAGUUCAUUCUAGGUUUGCGACCUGGUGUGUCUUCGUCGCAUCGAUCUGUCAAGUCGAGGCCGAAACUCCAUCGUGUGAUGAGCGCCUACCAGUAUCAUUCACCA